GUUGAAGUUCACUUAUUUUUAUUAUUUUAUAUUUUUUUUUUUCCUUUUCUCUCAAAUAUAAAAUGGACCAGGAGGAAAAUGCACUUCUUUCUCGUCCUACACAAAAUUAUAAUACAUUGAACUCAUCAGAAUUUGAUAUAAGUCCUGAAACUCCACUUCUACCAACAACUUCUUCACCUCCACAAAACCAGCGUCAUCGGUUGAAUGGUGGUACUGGACCAGUUUUAAGUGAAAUAAAGAUACCGUUAAAAUUUCGAUUAUAUUUACAUGAUGUACUAUUACGUUUUUUACAGUUUAUCCUUAUCCUUGUAUUUCUUUUCACUUUUUUGACUAUUUUUAAAUAUAAAGCUAUACCCGAUUCAAAUGAUUAUUCUGAUAUUGAAUUUAAUUGGAGAUUUGAUCCUAGAUCUUAUAUGACUCCAAUAGAUAAUGAUUUUGGUGAAUUCAAUGUAUUAUUAGAUGGUCACUCACAUACAAAAUUUUCUGAUGGUCGAAUGAACCCCGAGCAAUUAUUAAAAUGGGCAAUAGCUAAUGGAUAUAAUGCUAUAAUUGUAAGUGAUCACAAUAAUAUUGAAGGUGCUUUAGAAGCCCAAAGAAUUGCACGUGAAAAAUAUAAUGAUUCGAUCACUGUAAUACCGGCAAUGGAAUAUAGUUCCUGUCGACUCCAUAUGCAGUUUAUUGGUAUAAAUGAAACGGUAGAUGUUUUUCCAGAUUUUCCUUCAGAUGAAAGGUUAGAAGAAAUAAUAGAUCAUGUUCAUAAAUUAGGUGGUUUAGUAUCUGUAAAUCAUAUUCCAUGGAGUAACAGUACUGAAUGGGGAUAUCAAGUUGGAACGUUGCCAGAGCAUCCUUCAAGAGAGAAACUUCGAGAUAUGGGAGUUGAUGGAUUCGAAGUAAUCAAUGGAGAUACAUUUGACUGGCAAACAUAUUUGUUCGUACAACAAAAUAAUAUGUUAAUGCUUACAGGAUCAGAUGUACAUUUUCCUUCAACAGGCGCAUAUGCAUGGACAGUUCUUAAUGUUCCUAACAUCACAUACGAAGGAAUUAUGACAGAACUAAGGGCGAAGAGAACAAGUUUUUUAUUUGAUGCAACAGGAACGAGACCAAGAGUUUAUCCAAAGAAGAACCCAGCUUAUUAUAAUUUGUUGCCAAUGACUUUACUAGCAAAUUAUUGGACAUCAUUUUAUUCUGAAAGUAAAGGGAUGUAUAGUUUUCAAUCUACUUUUUGUCAUCAAAGAAAAUUUGUUAUGCAUUGGGAAAGUUAUUUUUGGUUUAGUCUCUGGUGUUUGAUAUUUUUUACAUGUUAUGAAAUUGGAAGAAUUUUGCUUAUUAAAGGGUAUGAAUAUUUUUCUAUAUGGAAAUUGAAAAUUGGUAAUAGAAGGAGAAAUGAAAAUGAAGAAGAAAGGCAAGUCGAUUUAGUUGAUAUCUAGAUUUUUUUUUUUUUAAUUGUCUUAUUUUUGUGUAUCUUAAAAUAAUUAAAUAAAAAAAAAUGAUCUUUAUGACAUAAUACGAUGAGAUAAGCGUUGUGGAACUUUGUGGCUUGCUUUUUAAU